UCGCUUAAACCGUUACAGUGCUCUCGAUUUAUCCGGCGACUGGUUCGCGGGUUCUUGGUAAAAGCAGAGCGAGAGUUGGCUGCGCGCAGUCACCGAGCACAGGGUGUAACCGACGCACGCACCAUGCUCCUCAUCUUCGUAUGCAUGUUGGCCGCGGUCGCCGCCGCACCGACCUACGACCGGAGGCAGGAUGGAGGUUUCAACGUACAAGCCGAUGUCUCGAACAUACUAUUCGUUGUUGCUUUACCAAAAAAAAUACCCAUGAGUCUACUCAGUGCUCUUUUGAGGAACUCGAAGAGGAGUGGAGAGGAGUCGAUCGCUCAGGACAGGGCUGAUGUCUCAAACUCUUUGAAUGCGUUUGUGGAACCUAACACACCGUAUAGAGUUAUAAUCGGUACGGAGGGCGAGAAGGUUGUGGAAGCUGAUGGUGGUGAUGCGAUCGUCAUCGCCGGCCGGCGGCGCUUGGAGGCCGAGCCUAACGAGGAGAUGAAGCUUAUUGGCGCGACGGAGCAGUGUGGACCCGAGCGGACGCGAGACCCGGUCACCCUCACGUGUAAAUCUAUCAACGACCUUCGCAUUGCCAAACCAGAUAGUACACCUGAAGUAAUUCCAGUGCCAACGUAAUUAAUAGAGGGUAUUACUGUUUGUAGAAUUUAAGCUAUUUAUUUUGCUAGACAAAACUUUUGACUAUACGAAUAGGUUAAGAUUUUUUUUAUUUAAAUAAAGUUUAUUUAUUUUAA